AUGGCCCUUGUUAUUCACAGUGUUCAGGAUCCUUCCGAUCAUCAGACCCCAAAAUAUACUGCUGAAAACACGCAAAUAGCAAACACCUGGCGGCCUCAUAGAAAGCUUAUCUCAAAUUCACAGCAGAUUGUAGGAUCUCCUUUUGAGCUUGUAAAGUCUAUGGAAGGCAAGGACAAGGAUCCGAAGGAUGUAAUAUCAGAUAUGUCCACAUCUGUCGUUACGUUUGAGAAGCUCGAGUCUCGACGCCAUUCGCCUCGUAUCGAUAAGGAGGAAGCAAACGUGCCGGUCGAGGGCAAGAUCACUACUGUUGAUGGAGUCUCCGACGAGACAGAUGAACCCAACGAAGCGUCCGAGGAGGAUGGUGCAUUAGAUGGGGUCAUCGUUAGAAGAUACUGA